AGAACGGGUCUAGCGAUCGGGGAGCGUGAGUGGAUGUUUGCAAUUGCCACUGGAGUGACAGGGUAAUGAAAAAGAAGAAGAGUGAACAAGCUUGCAAGACUGAACAGAACUAGCGUUUCCGAAACCAGUUAACCGUUUGGUUGUGUGGUUGAAGCGAGCGAAGAUAAGGAUUAUGAUAAAGGGCGGUGUUUGGAAAAACACCGAAGAUGAAAUCCUGAAAGCUGCUGUUAUGAAGUAUGGGAAGAAUCAGUGGGCUCGAAUCUCUUCGCUUCUCGUUCGUAAAUCCGCCAAACAAUGCAAAGCUCGCUGGUACGAGUGGCUUGAUCCUUCCAUCAAAAAGACUGAGUGGACGAGAGAAGAGGAUGAGAAACUACUUCAUCUUGCUAAGCUUAUGCCUACGCAGUGGAGAACAAUUGCUCCAAUUGUUGGUCGUACCCCGUCGCAGUGUCUUGAGCGGUAUGAGAAGCUCCUUGAUACUGCCUGUGUGAAGGAUGAGAACUAUGAACCCGGUGAUGAUCCUCGGAAAUUGCGUCCUGGGGAGAUUGAUCCAAACCCUGAGUCGAAACCUGCACGUCCGGAUCCUGUUGAUAUGGAUGAAGAUGAAAAGGAGAUGCUUUCUGAAGCUCGAGCCUGGUUGGCCAACACAAAGGGGAAGAAAGCGAAAAGGAAAGCCAGGGAGAAACAGCUUGAGGAAGCCAGGAGGCUUGCUUCUUUACAAAAAAAGAGAGAAUUGAAAGCUGCUGGAAUCGAUAUCAGGCAGCGGAAGAGGAAAAGGAGGGGAAUUGACUACAAUGGUGAAAUUCCAUUUGAAAAAAGGCCACCUCCAGGGUUUUUUGAUGUUACUGAUGAAGAUAGACCAGUGGAACAGCCAAAGUUCCCCACUACUAUUGAAGAACUUGAAGGAAAAAAGAGGGUUGAUGUUGAGACACAGCUAAGAAAGCAGGACAUUGCCAAAAAUAAAAUUGCACAAAGGCAAGAUGCUCCAUCUGCUAUACUGCAUGCCAACAAGUUGAAUGACCCAGAAAUGGUAAGAAAGAGAUCAAAACUGAUGCUUCCGCUCCCCUAGAUUUCUGAUCAGGAAUUGGAGGAAAUUGCAAAGUUGGAUUAUGCCAGUGACCUUGCAGGGAAUGAGGAACCUGUGGAAGGUGGUGGUGCAACACGUGCUCUUCGGCUAAUUAUGCUCAAACACCUGGCCAAGGAAUGACUCCUUUACGUACCCCUAAGAGAACACCAGCUGGUAAAGGAGAUGCUGUUAUGAUGGAAGCUGAAAAUCUGGCCAGGUUGAGAGAGUCUCAGACACCGUUGUUAGGAGGAGAGAACCCAGAGCUGUAUCCUUCGGAUUUUUCUGGGGUCACUCCUAAGAAAAAGGAGAUUCAGACUCCAAAUCAGAUGCUGACUCCUUCUGCAACUCCUGGUGGCGAAGGUCUCACUCCUAAAAUUGGUAUGACACCAGCAAGAGAUGGUUUAACUUUUAGCAUGACACCGAAGGGAACUCCUCUUAGGGAUGAGCUACAUAUUAAUGAGGAAAUGAAUAUGCAUGAAAGCACUAAACUUGAGCUACAGAGACAAGCUGAUGUAAGAAGAAGUUUGCACUCUGGCUUAGGAAGGCUUCCACAGCCUAAAAAUGAGUACCAGAUAGCGAUGCAACCAGUUCCAGAAGAUGCUGAAGAGCCAGAGCAGAAGAUUGAAGAGGAUAUGUCUGAUAGAAUAGCUAGAGAAAAGGCAGAAGAAGAGGCAAGGCAGCAGGCAUUACUUGGAAAAAGAUCAAAAGUUCUUCAAGGGGAACUUCCCAGGCCUCCUGCUGCAUCAUUGGAGUUUAUAAGAAAAUCCUUGAUGAGAGAUUAAUUAGUUUGUCAGUUAGUUAGUUAGCUGGUAUUUGCUAGUUAAUCUGUUUUUACCCUCCUUUUUAAGUAAUUAGUUUUUCAGCUCGUAGUUUUUAGUUUUUCUGUAUCUUUCUCAUCUAUAAAAGACACUAGUCUUUUCAUGAAGACACAAGAUUGAACGAGAAAUCUUCUUUAUAUAUUGUUGGCUGAUUGCUCGGUGCAUGGAAAAUUUUGCAGUUCAUGUUCCCUAUUCUUGACCAUGUCUUUUAACAUGGUAUCGGAGACCCUUUUUAGGGGGGCUCUGCUGCACAUCUCUGUGUUUUGUAUGUUU